ACGGAACGCCCCAGACCCAGCGGUGUGUCUGGCGCUAGCCCCCGCUGUUGUCAUCAACGACGUUUGAACCUUUGGCGGGUUUUGUAGUAAGCUAUGGCCACUGCAUUAACACCACCGAUCCAUCAUGUUUCUGAUCUUCUUCAUGUGCACUUUUCACGGCGAUCGUUUGGAGAAAUGAAGGAAAUUAUUUCAAGAGGAAGACCUACGCCAAAGAGGUACAUCAUUUACGGUAGUUCGAGUGUUAAUGAUAAAUUGAUAACAUUUUUUAGAAGUGGUGAGGACAAAAACCUUUAAAUGCCAGGUCUUUUUUCAUGAUGCCACCAUGUUUUUAGAUAAAAAGUAAAUAUAAGUUUUUUCAAUAUAGUACACAAUGUCAAAAGACAUUGUUUUGAAUUAUUACAGCCUGUGAUAAGCAGCAACACUUGACAGUACCAUAUAGUUAAAAUAGCAUGUUUUUUCUCUAUAUGCUGCCAUCUGGUGGAGAGUAGUAAACAUGAUCACUUCCAAUGCAAUGCGCACAGAGGUUUGGGAAAACUGCUCUGUUUACAUGGUUCUCUGGGUGUUCACUGUGAUUUUGUCAAUAAAGUUUCUUUCAUUUAUUUAAAUGAGCAUGGAAAUAAGACGGGAGAUUUCUCCUCCGGCUUCCACAUUUGCACUUUUGUUUGUCAACGAACGUUUGUGUUGAGGAAAAAUACACGCGUGUGUGUGUUUGUGUGGAGAAAAACACGCGAAAUAUGGACGAAGUGAAGCUGCAGAACGGUGGCACAACCAAGAAGAGAGACGACUACCUGGAAGGCCCCGAAUAUUUCAUGGCUGUAGCUUUUCUGUCAGCCCAAAGGAGCAAAGACCCAAGCUCGCAGGUCGGAGCUUGUAUUGUGAACCAGGAGAAUAAGAUUGUCGGCAUUGGUUACAAUAGAAUGCCAAACGGUUGUGACGAUGACCUGCUGCCCUGGUCACGCUCCGCAGAAGACCAACUGGACACCAAAUAUCCAUACGUCUGCCACGCCGAGCUGAACGCCAUCAUGAACAAGAACAGCGCCGACGUGAAAGGCUGCACCAUGUACGUGGCCCUGUUCCCCUGCAACGAGUGUGCCAAGCUCAUCAUCCAGGCCGGGAUCCGAGAGGUGAUUUAUCUUUCGGACAAGUACCACGACACGCCAAAGAUGACGGCGUCCAGACGGCUGCUCGACAUGGCGGGAGUAAAGUGCAAACAGUUUGAGCCCAAAAGGACGGAGAUUGUCAUCAAUUUUAAUUCCAUCAACGACAACAAUCCUCAAGAACGGUGCCGUACCAGCUCACCUGUGGGGGGCGCUGCUGCUGCUGCUUCUGCUGCUGCUGCUGCUUCUGCUGCUCAGUCAGACGGUGAGUAGUCAGAGAAGGGCACGAGCGGGACGAGACCUAAAAGAGAGACCUUUGUCCAAACAGGGAAAACUCAAGUACAUGUGGACUUUUGGAUCCUGUUGGAUGUUUUCAUUUAAACGCUGGGUUUAAACUGUUUUUUGGCCGGGGGCGGGGUUUGUAAUGCUGCUAUUUAUCUUUUUAAACUAUUCUUUAGGUCAAGGGUCACUUUAAGUCUUUAUGUUCACUGUGUGUGUGUGUGUGUGUGUGUGUACGAUGAUUGAUUUCAUCGUUCAUAUUCUGGAAAGAAAAUGGCUUUAACGGUUUAAAGAAAAUCAAAAAAUCCACAGUGGGUCCCAAAGUGUGGGUCGGGGGCCCACAGAUGGGUUGCACUUUCUGAAUUUAUCCAAAAUUUCAGUCUAGGUUAAUGUGUACACAUAUAUAUUUAAUUUUUAUUUUUAAAAACUAACAUGCAAAAAGAUCUGAUUGAAAGCUGCACCAUGAAGCAUUUCUAAAUCAAACGAUCUUAAAAAACGACAAGCGUGACAAUUCCAGAUUUGAUAUAUAUUUUGUUUAGCCUUGUACUUUUUUUGCAUUCAGCACAAAUAACGUCAACACUCUUUAAAUCAAUCCAUUUGUCACCCCCUGGUGGCUAAAUAAAGAGUAUGCAACUG